AUGACCGAAUCGGCCGAUACUACAACAAAUUAUUUGCCAAGUGAUAAUACCAACAAUGAUAAUACGAUCGAUUUAUAUGUGGUAUCACGACAUCGACAUGAACAGAUCCAAAGCGAUUUUGGUCUAUUAGAUGAUGAUAGCGAAGAUAAUUUGACCAUAUUGGAUUUAAGACCGAUACGUAAAUCAGAUUAUGAUUUAAGUAUAUUCGACGAAUUGGUACAGCAAUGUGACGCUGUUCUAUGUUCAUCAAUUUUUCAUGAAAAGUCUAAACAAUUGACAACUGCCACUAAAAAUUCUCAUCCAUCAGGUCUAAUGGCAACAACAUUAGCAGGAAUGACUAAUGAUUAUCAACGACGUUUUCAAUGUUCGCUUCAAAAACUGAACAUACCUUCCUGGUAUAAUGACUCUGCUCCUUCGUUUAAAAAAUGCAGCAAACCAACAGCGACGUCGGCAAGUCAUUAUAGCCGCGAAGUUCAUCGUACUCCCGAGAUAAUUCAUGUACAACGUCCACAUAGUUAUCGUUCGUAUCGUUCAUCAAAAGGAACAUCGCCAUCCCCGUCAAUACAUUCCUGGCAUCCGCAACAUAUGAUCGAUGGAAUGAACUUUUCUCCAUUAUUACCUUCAUCAUCAACAUCGACUUCUCGUCGUCAUCAUCAACAACAGCAGCAGCAGCACGAAAAGGGCAUUGAACGUGUAUCAAAAUCAAGCCAUUGGUAUCAACCAGCACAGUUUGUAAUCCAGACGAGAAAUGAUCAGAUUAGUACUUCAAAAAAGCCAUCGAUUCGACAAGUAACUUCGAAAUCAAAUUACUACGAUAUUCCAAAACGUCACUAUGACGAUCAACUGACGAUUAAAAUCAAAUCAGAUAGGAAUCGUCAAACCAAUAUUCGCUCGGAUAUACAUGUUGACGAACAAAUUCAUCACUUAAUGGACGAUACGAAUUUCGCUGACGUCAAAAGCACGACUACAUACGAGAAUAACACCCGUAGUACGGACAAUCACUCGUUGACGAACGAUAAGCAACACGACGAUCAACGGAUUAAUCUGAAUGGAUUUCAAACAAUGUCGUUAGCUGAUGAAAAACUCGCGUUUGGUCGUGUCGAAUUAGAGGAUGUAACUGAUGAAGAAGAAAAUGACAAACGACCGCCGACAAAUAACAUCCAUACUGUCGAAGAAAUUGAUGAUGAUAAAAAAAAUAUGCUAUUGGAACGGCUUGCCGUCGAUCUAGUCGAUUCAAUCUUGAAUGAUGUUUUACAUUUCAAAGAAUUUCAACAAGAGCCCGACAUUGACGCCGACAUUCGUGAAUUGUCCGACGACGAAAAUGCACUUCGCGAAUUAGAUGAGAAUGAUGUUAACGGUCCAGAUGAAUUCAUUGUCUUCUCUACUAAAGCAGAAACAUUAGCUGAUAGUUCUGAUCAACCUAAUCAAAUAUCAACAAGCAUACCUCGGGGUAGCUUGAAUCGGCUAUAUACAUUCUCUCGAUCUAGUGACGAUGGUACAGCUCAUUCAAAACAAUCGCCAGAUCAGGAAUCUCCAACAUCAACAUUAAUGAUUGCUGACAACGAACUUCUAACAACUAAUUCUCUCCUGAAUACAAACCCAGACCAAUCGACAAAUACCGAAGUAUAUUUUGAACAAACUCAUCCUGAUAAUUCACUUCCUAUCUAUCGCUCACAUAUACAAAAACGCCAUAUAAAUCUAGGACGUUAUUACGAUGGAAUGAUGCGUGCUGGAACUAGUCAAAUACCAACACACGACUUACGUUGUAAUCUGUUUUCGAAUAACAUAGUACCCCAUGUAUCGACAGAUGGUAUUACAGAGGAAACAGUGCGACAAGGCAGAUUGCUACUCGAUAGUAUACCCAAUGAUACUCAUCUGAAUAAAAACAUUAGCGAAAAUAGCCAUGAACCGCCGCCACCUAUUCGAUCGAUAUUAAAAAAUACUCGCUUUGCUCUCACCGAUGAAUUUCAACCUGAUGAUCAUAUUCUAAGAAUCGAAGAAGAUGAGCGAGCAUCUCCGCGAAGGCUAGUGACUACCACCAUCACAGAAGAGUAUCGUCGAGUUCAACGAAAAACUAUCGAAGAUAUCGAUGAAAGUAAUCUUACACUUGACGUCAGCGAGGAUGUUUGCCGUGAUUCAGGUUAUUCAAGCAACCAAGAACGUUCUAACAUUCAUCAAACAUUAGUACCAUCUGUUUCAAGAAAGAAUCAAUCACCUUAUGAAUUACUAUCAGAUUGUUAUUCAGGCUAUUCAUAUAUUCGAAGUGAUUUCCUUGUUCCAACAAAAAGUCCACUGAUAUCGAUCGUUUCUUCUAUACCAUCGACUACUGACGAAGCUUACGAGUCCGAACAAACAGCUACCACAUCGCCUCGUUCGCCCACAAUGAGUUCAUCAACAGCAACUACAGCAAUUACGCAUCAUAUUCAUCCUAAUCUUGAACAUGAAUUUGAAUAUCCAUCGCCACCACCACCUGUACCCGAUCGUCGUCUUAAGCCAGCUCAUCUGCGCCCAUCGCCUCCUCCAACUAAACCGAGAACGCAUAUACCAGCCAAAACUAAUCAUAAUACAGCAAAGAAAAUCAAAACGAAUAAACCAUCUCCAUUGGAAGUUAUUCAACAUAUCAUAGAAUCAACUACCGACGAUCCGACAUCAUCGGCAGCACGAACAUUGAGUAGUCGACAUUAUUGUGGUUCGAUACCACUAUCGAAUGAGUCGACGACAACAUCAUCAACGCCUAGUUCAGCUAUCAAUACCAAAACAGAUGACAGUUCAAAAAACAAUAGUAAAACAAUCAAUAGUGGAACUUCCUCAACAGAUCAUGACGAUAAUCAAAAGAUCACGUUUACAAGAUCAUCUCUCUCAUCGCUGAAUAUGAGUAAAAUUAAUAAAAAACCUUCAUCAACAUAUUUCGAUGAAACAACAAAUGGAUUAGCUAUUCGUAUAUCAGCAUCAUCAUCUGAUGAACGUGAUUCUGGCAAUAAACAGAAUCUCAAUAGAAUACCAAGACCAAAAGCUGACAAAUCCAUCGAAGGAAUGGUGAAAAAUCGACCCAUGUCCGAAAACCUUAAUUCGCAUCGAUCAUCUGUUUAUGAAACGUCCGUAUAA